AUGAGUGAGCUUCAAGGAGGGAAAGGAUCAGAUCAGAUUGCCUCUUGUAUUUUAAAAAAGUUGCUUCAGUUACCAACAAGUGUAGAACAAGUAAUUACGUACUCAGAUACGUGUGGCGGCCAGAAUAGAAACAUUAACAUGGCAGUUAUGUUUAUGUAUGCUCUAGCCAAAAAUGAUCAUCUUAAGAUUAUUGAUCAAAUGUUUCUCCUACCAGGGCAUACUCGCCUUGAAUGCGACAGUGAUCAUGCCCUCAUUGAACCAGCAAAAAAAGACUUGGUUCUUCAGGAUCUUCGAAUGCUGAUGUAG